AUGAGCCCGUGCACAGCUAUAUGCGAGAGAAUGUUCUCCAAUAUGAACUUAGUCAAGACGAACCACAGGACUGUUUUAAACCAAGAGACACUUGAAAACACUCUGACAAUAAUGACACAUGGACCCAAGACACUGAGAGAUUUCUGCCCUAGAGUUGCUAUAAGGGAAUGGCCUAGCCGGAUUCAAAGUGCCCAGGAUAUGGCCUCUUCAUUUCUGGGAUCUAGUGAAGACAGGGUAUCCUGUCCCCUGUGUAUCAGUGUGUACAAAGAUCCAAGGAACCUGCCGUGUGGACACACGUUCUGCUCAAACUGCUUGCAAAGCCACAUAUCUGCCUCUAUCAGUCCUGACAAAACCUUCAGAUGUCCCAUGUGCAUGCUUUCCAUCAACAUCCCAGAUAAUAAGAAAGAAGCCAACAGGUGGGCCACACAGUUUCCCCUCAAUGUGGCCUUAACCGACGCCAUAGAUGAAGUGAAGCAGUUGAAACGAUGUGAUGUCCUCUCUGCACAGAAACGACCACUAAAAAACACUUUACAGUUAGUCUGCAAGACGCUGCGAUCAUUUUGCGGAAUUCUUGAGGAUAACAUCAAGAAUGAAGUGGACAGAUUACAAUCUGGUCUGGCAGUCAGCGCGGCGGAGGUGUCUGCAGAUAUCGACUGGAGAGGGGCGGAGAUAAUCCAGAAACUAACAGAAACAGUCCGCACGGAGCAGAACAGGCUGAAGAAAUAUUUAGAAACUUCUGUUGCAGCUACUAACAAUGACAUUCACACAAUAUUCACUAAAGAUAAACAUUUAUUGCAAAAAGCAAAAGAAAACUUAAAACUGGGCGAAAACCUCAUAAAAUCAGGGUCAGAUUCUGACAUCAAAAGAAAUCUUUCUAAAUUACAAAAAAUAGCGUUAGAAAUUUCUCAAACAAAUCCUAAAACUGAAAUUCCCGAGUUGAAAAUUACUUUGACCGACUCGAAAAAGAAAAACACUGAAACUUUUUCUGUUGACAUUGGAGAAAUAUUAAAACCCGACAUAAAAUCUCUGACAGACAGGCUGACACUGACAGACACCCGGACAGACAGGCAGACAGACAGACUGACACUGACACAGACAUUUCACACAAAGAUAUCAUCAGAUAAACUUGAUCCUUGUCUACGUUCCAUCGCGGUGCUGGGAGGGGAAAGAUCUAAGAAAAUUGUUGUAAGUGAUCGUGACAACUCCUGUGUAAAAUAUUUUUCUGCUGAAAACUUUGAACUGUUUAUUAAAUAUGAUCUUCGCUGUAAACCAUGCGGCCUUGCUAGGUCACGUGAUCAGCAGGUUGUUGUCGUCCUGCCAUUAAAACGUCAAAUAUUAUAUCUGGAUAUACAAGAUGACAUCCGCCUGACAAACACACUGAACACUGAGAAACAGUACUGGUUCAUAUCAGUGUUACCUAGCAACCAUCUGGCGGUCAGUGAGUGGGGUGGGUUGUUAGGUUUCUUGUUUGGUGAGUGUGUAGACAUACUGGAUGAGGGGGGUCACGUCAUUCAGUCUCUCCCCAACCACUUGAUCCCCUGCCCCUCGCGUCUCACAGUGAAAGGCGACUCUCUAGUUGUUGUAUCAAAGGGAAACAGUUUGAAAUGUGUGACGUCAUCAGGACGCGUCACGUGGCAGUCACGUGAUUCAGCAAGGCUACGUCAUCUAUUCGGUGUCGCGUGUGACAUGGAAGAGUUUGUUUAUGUUUGUGAUGAUCAGAGAGAUUGUAUUGUCCAGUUGUCACGUGACGGAGAGGUCAUCCGUGACGUCAUCACGGGCCAGGAUGGAUUGUCCGGACCUGAGUCUGUCUGUUGUGACCAGGAUAAACUUUAUGUCGCCGAUGAAGAUGGACACGUUAAAAUAUUUAGAUGGCUGACAGCCAACCCGUGA